GAAAAAAAAUUUAGUUAAGUAAAAUCAAUUUUUUAUUCAGUGGCCUAGGUUUUCUAUGGGCCUAACCUCCAAAUUUUUUGAGGUUAGUUUUGCAAAACACGAUUUGUCAAAGUGCAUCACAGUGAUUAAAAAUGCCACUAAACGAAAACCAAAUUGAAGACACUUUUUCCACGUCGGAUUGGGAAGUGAAAUCAUUCGUUUCUGACAUAAUGAAAUUAAAUGUAAACGAAGAGCAAAAUAGAAAAACAAUUGUUGCCGGCAUAAAUAAAAUGUUGAGUUCUGCCAAAACAAGAGUGGAAGGUUUGGAACUUCUGAUAACGAUUUUGCCGGCAUUUUCUUUUGAAUCAUCCGAAAACUCAUUGAAAUGGCUCAAUUUGUGUUUAAUACAACAACCAGUUGACAUCUGCAAGGAACAAAAGCUGUCAACUUUAAGUGCGAUCAUAGAAUAUGCACCAAAAGAUCAAGAGUUCAACAAACGAUUCGUCGGUGAUUAUUUAGCAAAAAUUGUUGAAUCUUGUGUAUCAACCCCUUUGGAAAAUGUUUACCAAGUACAAGUAUCUUUGGAUUGCUUGAUUACUUGUAUGAAAUAUUAUGCCAGUUCUGUAGGACCAUUUAAAAACAAAAUCGAUACAUUUGUUGUUAAAAUGCUGGACAAUGAAAACAAUGAUAUUGUUCAAAAAGCUGGACACACAUUUUUACUACUGCAACAGGUUGGUGGAGCAGGUGUGGAUGGAAGCAACCACAUUAAAAAUUUUUCGAAUCAGUUUGGAAAGCUGUGUUUAACUGUACAUAGUUUGUAUGAUGUUUUAUUUGAAAAUGUUACUGAAAUAGAAUCAUAUGAAGAGUCUGAAACUGACACGCCAUUUACUUUUAACAAAAACACCUUUGACAGUAUUAAAACAAUAUAUGUUACCACUAGGCGCUUAAGAAACUGUUUGUGUUUUAUAAAAUACAUGAUCAGUAAAAAAUUUUCUGCAACAAAAGAAACAAAACCAAAGCAGAUUUUGGAUGUAAUAAUUAGAGGUUUAUCUGUUCAUCAUUGUUUAUCUGAAAAUGUUUCAUCAAAUACUUAUCAUUUUACUUUAUUACUUAAUAUUAUUCAAAAAGACUUGUUGCAUAUGUUGCAAUUAACUAUAAAUUGGUAUCAAAGUCAUUUAUUGCCAUUUUGCUUUACCAUAAGUAAAUUGUUACUGGAUUGUUUGAGUAGAAGCCAAAAAUGCGAUUGUUUUACCAUUGACUGUGCGUACAAGGAAGCUAUUUACAAAACGAUUAUAGCAUGGAUAAAGAUUGCAAAGUCUGCAAUUAACAAUAAUUUACAACAUCAAUUAAUAACAGCCAUUUUACAUGAUGUAAAACCAGUAAAACAACAAGUUGUUUUAAAUAUUAAUAAUACAGUGGGAUUAUCUUCAAAAGCUAAAUCAAAAGCAAUUAAGGAAAAAAUCAUAUCUAGUGCACAAAAUGUUAAAAAUCCAAGUUUGUCUGCUUUAAAAAUCGAACAUAAUGAAAAAAGUUGUAAAUUGGCUUUGGAUUGUCUGAAACAUUUAUUCAACAGUAACUCAUUAAAUUUAAAAGAUUUAAAGAUUUUACAGGAUGUGUAUAAUGUAAUAUUCAAAACGCUCUUAAAUAUACAGUCUGCAAAAGUGACUCCACCAUACAACAAUAUUGAAUGUCAGGCGCUGCUUUAUGAAAUCGUAGUAGCAAUUUACGAUCAUGAAACACUCUCUUUGCUACCGCCUUUGCAAAUGAGCAUUGAUUUGUUGAAUCACGGAGCAAAUUCCCCGAAUAGGUUUAUCGCAAAGACUUGCGAAAUUGGUUUGAAUAACUUGGAGCGACUCUGUCAUCCCAUUUGUCCCUCUUUGUUGUACCCAUAUUUCGAUUCUGCAACGGUAAAGACUUAUGAGACAUUGAGUUUUGAAGAUCAAAAUGAAACUGUGCAUAAAGAGGAGUGUUUCGAAAGGGUCGAGUCGAAUUUUGAUGAGCAAAUUGAAUUUGUGAAUAAAGAAGAAUGUUCUGAAACAACUGAACCGAAAAUAGUUAUAAUAUCAAAUGAAGUUAUUUCGCCUCCCAUUAAAAAUAAGGAAAAAUCGCCACAACCCGAAUUAAUGGAAGAAGCAGAAGUAAUAUCUAGUGGGGAUUCUAAUGUCGAUGAAAAUUUAGUACAAGAAGAAAUUGAAGGUAAUAAAAACAAUGUUGAGGAGGAUUUAAACAAUACAGUUAUAUCAAUCGACGAUAGUGAUGAAAGAGUGAACACUCAUGAAGAAAAAUACGAGAAAACUGAAAAUAUCAUAGAAGAUUUAACUGUUGAUGAUGAACAAAGCUCUGAACCACCAAAAAAAAGAGCUAAAGUUAAUGAAAUUAUUUCAGUAGAGGACAACGGUUUAGAAAAAGAUUCUGCUUGUGAGAAUGAUGUUGUUUUGCAAGAAGAAAUCACUUUGUUAGAAGAACCAAAUAAGGAUUCACCUUUAGAUUUAGGUUCAAGUUUUGUAGAUGAAGUUACAGAUUACUAAAUAAUAAACGGUCCUUAUA